ACGAAUCUGAAAAAUGUCAUUUGACUUGGUUAGAAUAACGCCAAUUAUUGCUGCUCCCCAGGUGCAAUGAACAAUGAUAACCAUUGCUAGGUAUAUUUGAUGUUGGAGGCAGGUAUAUUUGAUGUUGGAGUGAUCCUCCAUCUGAAGUCUUUGGUUGGCAAAAUGGCACGUACCAGCAUAUUGAUGGCCAUGGAAGAUUUCUAUGCAGUCCACAGGAAUUAUACGACAAAGCUAGUUCUCCACAUCAGGGAUUCCAACGGAGACAAUAUGCGAGCUGCAUCACAAGCUGUUGACCUGCUGCAAAAUUACUAUGUACGGGCCAUCAUUGGUCCACAAAAAUCUUCAGAGGCUACUUUUGUGUCUGAUAUUGGGAACAACAGUCAAGUCCCAGUUAUCUCCUUCACAGCAACGAAUCCCACUCUUUCAUCUGCCGAUGUGCCAUAUUUUUUGCGUGCAACUCUAAGUGAUGCUGCUCAAGUGAAUAGCCUUGCUGCUCUUAUUAAGGCAUACGGCUGGAAGGAAGUAGUGCCCAUCUAUGAGGACACAGACUAUGGCAGGGGCAUCAUACCCUAUCUGGUUGAUGCCCUCCAAGAGUUUGGAGCUUCUAUGCCAUACCGCAGUGCAAUCUCUCGAUCAGCGAACAGUGACCAAGUUGAGAAAGAGCUAUACAAGCUAAUGACAAUGCCAACAAGGGUCUACAUUGUGCACAUGUCAUCAGCCUUUAGCUUUGGCUCCACUCUCUUCACAAAGGCCAAAGAGUUAGGAAUGAUGAGUGGAGCCUAUGCGUGGAUUUUGACAGAUGGGAUUGCAAAUGUUGUCGACUCACUAAGCCCUUCGGUUCUUGAUGCAAUGGAUGGUGCAUUGGGUGUGAGAUUCCAUGUGCCUAAAUCGAAGGAACUUGAUGAUUUUACUAAGAGAUGGAAUGCGAGGUACAGGCAAGACAACCUGGAUGACCCACCAUUGCAACUAAGCAUUUUUGGGCUCUGGGGUUAUGACACUAUUUGGGCCUUGGCACAAGCAGCAGAAAAGGUAAGCAUGGACAAUGCAACGUUUCAGAAGCAGCAAGACAUAAAAAACUCAACGUGUCUUGGAACUUUGGGUAUUUCUACAAUGUCAAUUGGUCAUAAACUUCUAGAUGCAAUCCUACAGCGUAAGUUCAGAGGCUUAAGUGGUGAUUUUGACCUUAGGAGCAGGCAGCUUCAAUCUUCCAUAUUCCAGAUAAUUAAUGUGGUUAGAAGAGAGCCGAAAGGAAUAGGCUUCUGGACGGCAAAGCAUGGAAUAAUACAGAAUUUGAAUCAAAAUGGAUCAGAACACACAUACCUAAAUUCUGGGCCUAAUCUGACUCAAGUGGUUUGGCCAGGAGAAGUAUCUACCGUGCCUAAAGGGUGGCAAAUUCCUACCAAUGGAAAAAAGCUCCGAGUAGGUGUACAGACAAGUGGGUAUCCUGAGCUUAUGAAGGUUGAAAUGGAUCCACUAACCAAUGCAAUAAUUGCCACUGGGUAUGCCAUUGACGUAUUUGAAGAGGUGUUAAAGCGACUCCCAUAUGCAAUCCCUUAUGAAUAUGUAGCAUUUCAUAACGUAAAAGGAGUAAGCCAUGGUAGCUAUGAUGAUUUUGUCUACCAAGUUAAUCUUGGAUGCUUGCAGGUGUACCAAAUUGCAGUCGGGGAUAUAACUAUCAGGCACAACAGAACUUCCUAUGCUGAUUUCACAUUACCUUAUACUGAAUCUGGGAUAGCAAUGAUUGUGCCAGUCAAGGAUGGAACGACAAAGGGUACAUGGAUUUUCUUGAAGCCAUUAACUACUGACUUGUGGUUUGGAAGCAUUGUAUUCUUCAUAUUCACAGGGGCUGUCAUCUGGCUAUUGGAGCGACGAAUCGAUAACACUGAACUGACUGGUUCCAUUUCCCGCCAGCUUGGGAUAGCAAUAUUUUUCCCCUUCUUUGCUGAUAGGGAGAGGGUGGAAAGUAUUUUGUCUAGAUUGGUUAUCAUUGUAUGGGCUUUGGUUCUCCUCGUUAUUACAUCAAGUUAUACAGCGAACUUAUCAUCAAUGCUUACCGUGCAGCAGCUUCAACCCACAGUAACUGAUGUCCAUGAACUCCUUGAGAAAGGAGAAUAUGUGGGGUACACAAAUGGCUCUUACUUAGGGGACCUAUUAGAACAAAUUGGUUUUGACAGAAGAAAGAUCAAGGCAUACAAUCCAGACGAUUUUGAUGAUGCACUCUAUGAAGGGAGCAAAAAUGGUGGUAUUGCUGCUGUGAUAGAAGAAGUUCCAUGCAUCAAAAUAUUCCUCUCUAAGUAUUGCAAAGGUUAUACAAUGAUCGGACCAAUUUACAAAUCCGAAGGUUUUGGCUUUGCCUUCCCCAAGCGUUCCCCUCUGGUCGAGGACUUCUCAAGGGCAAUCCUCAGCAUAACAGAGGGAGAUACUAUCAUUCAGAUAGAAAGGAAAUGGAUAGGAGACCAACAUGCCUGUCAGAAUGACAGCCCCACCAUCGGCUCAAGCAGUCUAAACUUCAAAAACUUUUCAGGACUCUUUCUGCUCACAGGAGUUGCUUCAACUUCUGCCCUUUUGAUAGCCCUCGUGAUGUUUCUCUACAAGAGGUACAAGAUAGGGGACAGCACAGGUCUGAUUGAGACAACUGCAGAUUCUAACCCGCCCCACGAUAUGCAGUUAACUGUACCAGAUGAUUCAGAUGGCUACGCCUGCCAGCAGGAGAUAGAGAUAUCCAGAGAACUCACAAGCCCGUGUUCAGAAGUCCAAACUCCGGAUUUUACACUUCAUGGAACACCAGGCAAUGGUUUGUAGCGCCAUGUUAAGCAGCCUUACUCAGGUUCCCAGUUUCCAGAGUACACCUGGUCAUCUUUUGUUCUCAUGUGUGUAUUUGCCUGUGUAGUAUGUAUGAAUGCUGACAGUCAUGCCUGCUAACUGCAUGCCAGUGCAGCAGCAAUGCAAUUGUAAGCUUAUUGUGUAAUGUAUUCUGAUUUUGCUCAGGUUCCAAGUGUAAAUCAACAAUCUAUCAGUGUAAGAUUGUGUAAUCCAAGGAGUAUCAGGGUAACCUGAACUACAAUUUGGCACCUGUGCACUGUGUCCGUGUCCCUUAUAUUUUUUUGGAUAAGAAGGUAGGCCACAGUCUACCUUAUAAAUUCCAAAACCAGACCGAGGUCUAAGGAUUGUCUGAGUACAAAAGAUGUGGCCAGUGGCAGCACAUCAAGAACAACAACGGAAAACAGAAUCUGAAAAAAAAACUGGAAAAAGGAACAAGUUUCAGACUAUGAGGCAGAGAGUAAAAGCUCUGAUUUGGUCUUCCGAGAGCAUCGUCCCCUUUCUUCCAGUUUCAACCAUGACCACUGCCACAGCUUCCUCUCAACCUGAACCAAUGCUCACAUUUCAUCCCGACACCCUAGAAGGCAAGACAAGGAGCCAACAACCAAGAAAAUUUUCCCAUACCACGGAAGGUGACCAUCACACCAUGGCAAUGUACAGAAGAAAAUCUGACUCUUAAAACCUGAAUUAUUUUGGGCUCAUACAGCCUGAAAAUAUAUAUCAAAACAGUACUUGCUUUAUGAUUCAAUUGAGAUUGCUCUGGUUAUUUAAAGAAGAAGCUAAUUAAACCUUGGAUGGAUGGAAUAUAUCAGUAGCAGGGGGCAAAUCAAGAUGCACCAGCCUACAAAAUUUCAGAUGCUAGUGGGGGUUUAACUAAUGAUCGAUGCCAAAAUUCUCAUACAUCAGAAAUAUGAGACAACAGGAAAGCGAUGAGGUACUACGGGAACAGAGACGACGCCCUCUAGUCCCGGGAGAAUCAACAAACAAGUCUAGAAAUGAUAGAUGUGUUCAAAACCCGCUUUCUAGGCAUCAUCGUAGUAGAUAGAAAAAACUCAUCUUAGAACAUAAACAUGCACGCGCCAGGGAGAAAAAAAAUUGUGUGGAGAGAGAAAGAACAGGUAUUUAUUUUAUUUUCCUUUCCCUUUGACCCCAAUCGAAUCGCAACUAAGGGCAUCUCUAGCAGAUCCCUCAAAAGUUAUAUUUGAGGGAAGUUUUUUGGUUUUGAGGGAUUAAGGCCUUUCUAGCAGAUUCCUCUAGCAUCGUGUUUAUUUGAAUUCUUAGUUCAAUUGAACCGUAUGUUGUGUUCGAAUUUGAAUUUUCAUGUUUCAGAACAUUAAAUUUCUUAUGUAUUUGAAUUGUGUGCACUUGAUUGUUCAGGUUCUUAAUUAAUAUGUUGUGAUUCGUUUGAAAAUGUUUUGAAGAUUUGGUAAAAUUAAAAUUUAGCAUAGGGGAUCUGCUAGCUGAGCAAAAGUUAUUUUCCUAAAAAGAAAAAGGGAAACGGGAUAGGGAGAAGAUUUUUGAAUUUUAGGAUAGGGGAUUUGCUAGAGAUGCCCUAAACUACUGAUAUGGAACUAAAAAAUACCCGUGGUAGUAGAGU